UCUAUGAUUUACGAUAACCAUUUGAAGGUUAUGAUGAUCGUGUCGUGUCCGUAGACUUAUUUUGUUUUUUGGUUUUGUGAAAUUGUUGUAGAAUUCUAACAAGAUGAUAUCUUAUAAUGGAUCUAAUGAAUUCAAUGAGAAAGUAGAAAAUAAGGAAGAGGGUAGUAAUUCAAUAUCAUGUGACGCCUGUGAUAUACUUUUUGCCCAUGAAACAGCUUUCAAUAAACAUAUAGCUGAACAUAAAGUAUGUGGAUUGUAUGGGUGUACUUUCUCAGCUGAUGAAAAAAAUAUAGAAGAACAUAGGGAAAAUCAGCAUUCUAAUGAAUCAUUAGAAAAAAUUAAACUUGAAGCUGCAAAAUGGCAAGAGGAAAGAAGGUUGAAGCAUACGCUCAAUAAAGCAAAUAGAGAAAGAAUACAGAGAGAACAAGAGGAAUUGGAAAGAAGGGGAAUUAGAAUUGGGGAGCGGAAUAAUAAAUUUGGAAAAGAUAAAAAACGAUUUGAACGUAAAGAUCCGCAGGCAUUGAGAAAGGAAAGAGAGAAGAUGUACAAGAAAAAAAAAACAAGAAGAGAUAAAAAUAUUCAGAAAUUGCAGCCAAAAUUAGUAAUCGAUGAAAAAUCAGACUGGAAUAAUGGAUUACGACCAUUCAAGGGAAUUAAAAAUAUUGAAGUUGAACAGGAGGAAACAUUCAAUAUAAGUGAUGAUGAAGAAGAUUUCAAUAAAAAGUCAACUAAAAUUGAAGAUUUAGUUAACAUAAAUUCUUCAUUAGGAGCACUUAUGGCUUAUGGAUCAGAUUUUAGUGAAGAAGAUGAAGAAAUGCCAAAAAAUAAAGUUACUGAAAACAAGGAUGUAGAGAAAGAGAUGUGUAUAAUGAAACCUGUAGAAGAUAUUUCACAAAUGAAAGAAAAUUCAAAUGAAAUAUACUCUGAGGAGGAAGGUCCAAUGGAAGUUAAAAUAGAAAGAACUGGAAUUGUCUAUGAGAAUGAUGAAGAAAAAUUAAGUGUUAACCUCAAUAGAAGAAGGUCAAAUGUCAAAAACAAAAAUAAAAUGGUUGAAAGGAAUGAAACACAUAAAUUUCCUUACGAAUUAAAACCACGAAGAAUUUCUUUACUUGAGAAACUUUUAGAUAGAGAUAUUCGACGGGAAAGAAAUAUGGUUUUGCAAUUUGUAAGAUACACAGUGAAAAACAAUUUUUUCCUGAAAGAUGCCCCUAAUAAUGAUUAAUGGUUCAUGAAAAAAUUGUUAAAAAAUGUUGACAAUUGAUCCUUAUCAAGGAUCUACAAGAUAAAAUGUAAUAUAUAUAUAUAAGAUGUUUAAAUGAAUGUAUAGCUGUUGAGUUAAUGAAUUAUGUAAUGUAGUUUAAAGUAUUGUACAAAUGUAUAGGAUAUUUGAAUACACCUUCUUUUUUAUUUGCA